GCACGAGGUUCGCGCGAGUCGAUGCGAGGCAACGAGAUGUUUCCUCCGAAUCCGACGAGGUUCACGCUGGGAUCAAACGAACUCGUGCGUCUUAAUUAAACACAUUGUUGUGACAGGUGUCGAAGUGAAAUAUGUGAUUUUCUUUGAAUUUUCUCAGUCGAAGGAAAUUUAUUUCGUCGCGUGAGUUAAAAAUCUCACGAAGGGAUUGUUAGGAAUCUCGGGAAGCUUCUUAGAAUCUCGCUACCUUACGCUCGAACGGAUUUAUAAAUCUCGAAACGUUGAAAACAGAAGUUUCAAUUCUUCAACUCUUCUCUUGUGGCAAGUGUCGAAACGAGCGUGGCUUUCUUCGAAAUUUCAAUUUUCUCAAGUACGCGAGUAUCAACUGCAGGAAGACAGUCAUCGCCACGAUUCACUAAAUCUCCAAGGAACGAUGUUAAGAGCGUUCGCUGUUAUUUUACUUCUAUCCUUCGCGCAGUGUAUUCUUCCACCGGCCAUCCUAGAGACUGUGUACGAAUUUCUCUCCAAAAUUCCAACCGCGGACAAUGACGUAGUCGCCGACGAGACGUCCAUGACCAAGGAGUACGACUUCGUCGUAAUUGGAGCUGGUUCUGCCGGGUCAGUACUAACAAAUCGCCUGACGGAAAAUCCUGAGUGGAGCGUGUUGCUGCUGGAAGAGGGCAGGGACGAGAUAUUCCUCACCGAUAUACCUUUGUUAGCCCCGGUUUUGCACAUCACGGACUACGUUCGAUUGCAUAAAAGCGAGCCAAGGCCCCAAAAUGAAGAUGGAACUGGUGGCUACUGUUUAUCGAUGAACGAGGGUCGUUGCAAUUUACCGGGUGGUAGAGCUGUCGGUGGUGGCUCGGUGGUGAAUUUCAUGAUAUAUUCGAGAGGAUCGCCGGCAGAUUAUGACGCCUGGGCCGCGCAAGGGAAUCCAGGGUGGAGUUAUCGGGACGUGUUGCCGUAUUUUAUCAAGUCGGAAAAUUGCAAACUCUUGGAUCAGGAUGUUAGAUUUCAUGGCCACGGAGGAUAUCUCGACGUAACGUCCUCGCCGUAUGUCUCCCCUCUGAGAGACCGUUUUCUCCAAGCUGGCGUGGAACUGGGAUAUGACGUAAUCGAUUACAAUGCAGACGAGCUUAUUGGCUUCUCGACGGCACAGGUUCACUUGCGGAACGGUCACAGGGUCAGUGCCAGCAAGGCAUUCCUAAGGCCUAUCCGCGACAGGGAGAAUUUCCAUCUGUCGAAAUUAUCGCGAGCGACGAGAAUUCUUGUUGAUCGAAACACGAAAACAGCUGUGGCUGUCGAAUUUAUUAAGAACGGCAAGACGCGAUUCGUCUACGCCAGGAAGGAGAUAAUACUUUCAGCAGGUACUUUGAACUCGCCACAGUUGUUGAUGCUCUCAGGGAUAGGGCCAAAGAGUCAUCUCGAAUCGUUGAACAUCAACGUGAUCGAGGACCUACCGGUUGGAUACAAUCUUCAAGAUCACGUCAGCAUGUCGGCACUGACUUUUCUCGUAAACGAGAGCGUGACUAUAGUGGAACCUCGGCUAGUCUCGAAUCUAGCCAAUACCGUGGACUAUUUCGUUAAAGGAACCGGGCCAUUGACAGUGCCUGGAGGAGCCGAGUGUCUGGCGUUUAUCGAUACGAAACAGGAUUAUCCAGAGGCUUCGUUGAAGAAGUUUCAAGUGAAUAAUAGCAACUUUCGUAACAAGAAACGCUUGAAAAGAUAUAAUAACAAGAGAGUUUCAGCCUUUUUUCAACCUCCAGACGUAACAACCAUCAACGUAAAUUCGAAUUACCUGAGGAAUUACCUAGACUCGGUUACUCGGCGGAAAACAAAAAUGGCUCAAGUGCCAGACAUCGAACUAGUUUUAGGUAUAAGUGCUCUGACAGGAGAUACGUCGGGCAGUUACAGAGGGCUUCUCGGUUUGACGGACGAAUUUUACAAAGAAGUAUUCACCGGUUACGAGGGUUUCGACGCCUUCACCAUCGUACCGGUACUGUUGCAGCCGAAAAGCAGAGGAAGAGUUACCUUGAGAAGCUGUGAUCCACUCGACCGACCUAUUUUCGAGAUAAAUUACUACGAUCACGAGGACGACCUAGCAACCAUGGUCCGAGGCAUCAAAAAGGCUAUAAAAGUUGCGUCGACGAAAGCCUUCAAACGUUUCAACGCGACGUUACUGCCGGUCGCGUUCCCAGGAUGCAAACACAUCUCGUUUGAUUCUAAUCCGUACUGGGCUUGCGUUGCGAGGCACGUGAGCACGACCCUGGGUCACUUCGUAGGAACGUGCAAGAUGGCCCCGAGGAGGAACUCAGGUGUGGUUGACCAUAGGUUACGGGUGCACGGGAUCAACGGUCUGAGAGUUGUGGAUACCAGUAUAAUCCCAACAAUAAUAGCAGGCCAUACGAACGCGGUCGCUUAUAUGAUCGCUGAAAAGGCCGCGGAUAUGAUAAAGGAAGACUGGAAAAUGGCAAAUUCUCCGCGCAGAAUGUCGUUUAACACGUUCAAUCCGUUGGCGUGAUCCGUCAGUGGAUUUUACUCUUACUGUCAUUAUUAUUAUUAUUACACGACUUGGUUAGAUUAAGAAGUACAGGUUGCUGAUUUAAUGUCCACUGAGAUGUGUUCAAUCGUGCUUUCUUUAUCAUGUUCUUUCAAAGUUUUCUGAAAACUUUAGUCAGACUUUUUAAGGUUUUCUGGUUUUGUAUUGCAAGUGAUCUUUCUUUGGAUUCAGUGGAAUCCCCUGUAGCGAAAUUUUCGAUCGUAAAUUCGUUUGAGAGAUCAAAAUCGUCAUCGUUGACUGUACGACUGACGACUGUAAAAUUUUUAAUAAUUUUUCACCUCGCUGUUUUAUUUAUAAUGAGUCAUAGAACCAUUCGUAUCAUCCUUUUGAAAUUGCCAACUUUGUAGAAUUCGAUAGCAAUUACGAUAUUAAUUUCGAAAUUUGUAUCUAUGAGAAAGUUAAUUAAUUAAACCAUUCUCCAUAUUUCAUCAUCAUUGAAAAAAAUUUUAAAAUUUGUAUCGUGAAUAUUAAUCGUUAAAGGU